AUGACAAACCUCCAAUGGUCUCGAGGAGCGGAUGGGGAUGAAGAUGAAGACCAUGAUGACGAAGAGGAAGAUGUUGCUACGGGCGGAGGCACCGAGUUCAUCAGCGACGAUAACAACCCUCACGGCAUUUUGAAUCUGCAGAAUCCGUCGGAUACCGGGUCGCGCUUGGAGGUAUGCGCUGGCUGCGAACGACCCAUCGUCGAUCGCUACAUCAUGAAAGUCCGGGAAAGCUCGUGGCAUGAGUCCUGUCUCAUCUGCUCUGUCUGCCAUCAACAUCUAGCAACAUCAUGUUAUUCUCGAGAGCGGCGAAUUUUCUGUAAAAACGAUUACGAUCGGUUGUUCGGAGCAAAAUGUGCUGCCUGCACGGGAUCGAUCGCACCAGCAGAACUUGUCAUGAAGGCACUUGAUCAGGUUUACCACUUGUCGUGUUUUCUGUGUUGCACCUGCGGACGUCAGCUGCAACGAGGUGACGAAUACGUGCUCAGAAACGGACGUCUCUAUUGCCGACAGGACUUUGAAAAAGAAAUGCACCUGCUGCAGCAGCUAAGAGGUGGUAACGGUGGCGGCGGAGUCGGUGGUGCCGGCGUACCAUCGGUCGGCACGCCGGGGGCCGGGCAGAGGCCUGACGGACGAAGGGGGCCCAAGCGUCCUCGAACGAUACUGACAACGGCACAGAGAAGGGCCUUCAAGGCAUCGUUCGAGAUCAGUCAAAAGCCCUGCAGAAAGGUUCGCGAAGCGUUGGCCAAGGAGACGGGACUGAGCGUUCGGAUCGUCCAGGUCUGGUUCCAGAACCAGCGGGCGAAACUCAAAAAGAUCCAAAGGAAGCAGCAGCAGCAACAACGUAACGGCAGCGCGGGGGUGUCACGCACGACGCAAAGCAACUGUGGAGACUCUUCCGAAUCGGAGAUGGCCUCAUCGACGAGAGAUUCGUGUCGACGAUCCGAAGAUGGCCGGCAAUCGGCAUCUCCCGAUCUUGUCGGAUCUUCACCCUACCGAAUGGGUCUUCACGAUAUGGAUAGCGCAGGAGCUUCGCCGUCGUACAACAUGAUGUCAUCGGCUUCGCUACCGUACGAAGGACAGCACAUGUCGUUCUACCAGCAGACGGAACAAGCUUUCAUGAAGGCAGAGAUAGGCGCAGACUCCGAGUCCAGUCUCGGGGGUCUGGAGGACGUUCUCAUCGCUUCCUCGCAGCGAGGCAACAGACAGGGAUGUACACCAGGCGAUGAUGAGGCCUCCGCUCUGUUAGCACGCUCAUUCACUGGAAUUCAGACUCCGCUGAACCCGAUCGACCGACUGUAUUCGAUGCAAAGCUCGUACUUCAACUCCUCGGCCAAUACGGAAGAUCACCUCAAAGCACAGAACGUCUGA